UAAACGAAAACAAAAUUUGCGCACUAUCAGCGUGGCUAGAGGAUAUUCGUUUUGACGGAGUAUAUUUUAGUUUCGAACAUUAGGACAUCAUCGUUUCAGUAUAUUGUGUUCGGUUUAUAGAAAUAAUUAAUAUGAUUCUUAAGUUCAAUCAUACACUCGCAAGUUUUCGACGCUUUUCAACUAGUCAUCGAUAUGCCGCCAGAAUUGUGCCUUCCAAACAAAUCAGCAAACUGCUGAUUGCAAAUCGCGGCGAAAUAGCUUGCCGGGUUAUGCGGACUGCCCAGCGUCUAGGUAUACAAACGGUAGCCGUGUUUUCCGACGCCGACGAACGCGCUCUGCAUGUUAAAAUGGCCAACGAAGCAUACAACAUUGGACCACCGGCUUCCCAGCAGUCCUAUUUACGAGGAGAUAAGAUUUUAGAGGUGGCCAAACGUUCCGGAUGCCAAGCGAUUCAUCCCGGGUAUGGAUUUCUUUCGGAGAAUGUCGAGUUUGCCGAUUUGUGCCAGAAAGAACAGGUAAUUUUUAUUGGACCCCCGGCAAGCGCGAUUCGUGAUAUGGGCAUCAAAAGUACCUCGAAGCAUAUCAUGAGUGAAGCAGGAGUGCCCAUCAUUAACGGUUAUCAUGGUGAAGAUCAGUCCGAUGAGCGAUUGAUUCAGGAGGCGAACCAAAUCGGAUAUCCUCUCAUGAUCAAGGCGGUUCGCGGUGGUGGUGGAAAGGGUAUGAGAAUUGCCGAAACAAAGGCAGACUUCCUACCUGCUCUCCAAUCCGCUCGAACCGAAUCGGAGAAGGCAUUUGGUGACACGUCAAUGCUGCUGGAACGAUACGUUCGUUCUCCUCGCCACGUCGAAGUGCAAGUUUUUGCGGACCAUCACGGUAAUGCAGUUUAUCUUUACGAACGAGACUGUUCGGUACAAAGACGCCAUCAGAAAAUCAUCGAAGAAGCUCCAGCCCCCGGUUUAUCCGAGGAGUUGCGUGUACAGCUUGGUGAAGCGGCAGUUCGCGCCGCAAAAGCCGUGAAUUAUGUUGGCGCCGGUACGGUUGAGUUUAUUCUGGAUAAAGAAGACCUUUCGUUUCAUUUCAUGGAAAUGAACACUCGUUUGCAAGUGGAACAUCCGAUCACGGAAAUGAUAACUGGAACCGAUCUAGUCGAAUGGCAAAUUAAGGUUGCCUCUGGUGAACCACUUCCGCUAACACAAGAUCAAAUACGUAAGAAGGGACAUGCUUUCGAGGCAAGAGUCUAUGCGGAAGAUCCAGCUGGUGGGUUCCUUCCUGGAGCAGGUCCCUUGAACUACCUGUCGCCACCCGAAUCGUCUAGUACGACCCGUGUGGAAACGGGUGUUCGGCAAGGUGAUGAAGUGUCCAUCCAUUACGAUCCGAUGAUUGCCAAGUUGGUUGUCUGGGGUGAGAAUCGUUCAAGUGCCCUGCAACUAUUGAUUGAACAGCUACGAAACUAUCAAAUAGCUGGACUGCAGACUAAUAUCAAUUUCCUAAUCGAUUUGGCCAGUCACAGUCAUUUCCAAGCCGCUGAUGUACAUACCGGAUUCAUUCAGCAGCAUAUGGCAUCUCUAUUUCCAACAAAAACGACCUCAAACACGAAAAUUGCACAAAUGGCAUUAGCAUAUGUCCUCAACGAGAACGCAACCACUCGGAUACCAACCAAGGGAUGGAAUGCAUUUGAUUUGGCGUUAAACUUUCGUCCCAAUUAUGUUCCUACGAAGAACCUGAAACUUAAGGUUGCCGACCAAGAAUAUCAGGUCGAGAUUCAACCCAAAGGUUUGGAUUAUCAGCUGCGGAUUGAUGGAGGCAAUUGGUUGCAAGUUAAAGUUACUAGAAAACCACAUGCGAACCGUUUCCUGUUGCAGACAAACAUCGACGGACAUGUUUCCAACUUCAAUACCGUGAUUGACAAUGGAUCAAUUUCGUUGUAUGACGAUAGUGGACUCACGUCAGCCGAGUUGGUUCAACAAAAGUUCCUCAACGCCGAUAGUGCACUGGACGGAGUCAACGUAGGUAGCGUGCUGGCACCGAUGCCAGGAGUGCUGGAUAAGCUUUUCGUCAAACCGGGUGAUACAGUGAAAGUUGGAACUCCGGUUGCGGUGCUUAUUGCUAUGAAAAUGGAACACGUACUGAAGGCAGCCAAGGAUGGAGUUGUGAAGGCGGUUCUCAAUGCCGAAGGCGACAACGUACAGAAAGGGGCUGUUUUAAUUUCCUUCGAAUAGAUUACGAAACGACCUAAUUAAACCCAGGGUGAAUGCAGGGGUUAGAAAAUAUCGACAUUCUGCCAGUUAUGGUGCAUUUACAAAUUGUGACCGAUUGUGCAUUUAUUAGUGAUAGAUUUUCAUUAGGUGUUUAGAUAUUUGUUACAGGUGAAAUACGCUUAGCGUUUGAUUGAUUAUAUGAAAAUAUGACAGUUUUGAGAAAAAAAAAUAACAGAAAUAAAAUUUAUUUUCCUUAUAA